UACUUCCAUAGUACCUGGUGAUGCUCUAUCCUUCGUGACCUUUGCUAGUCCGGCGGCUCUACGGGACAAUUAGUAUAUCACACGUGCAUUCUGUCUGCCGUUGGAGAUAAGACAGCCUUUUUCGGGACGAAAAGGCGGCAGAGGCUCUCGUUAUCGACAGGCUGUUCUACCGUAAUUUGUAACAGCCACGGGGGCACAGUCUAUCAGUCAAGGUCAAGGUGAAGGUUCUUGGCUUUGCUUACCGUUUUUAAGUCUCACUCAUGGCCAACGGAGGCCAUCCUAUUAACAUGGAUGCCUGCAUGUUACCAGCUGACGUCCUUCCCGAGCACAACGCAACCCAACACGCCAUUGACCCUCCUUCCACCGAACCGGUGGAUGCUAACGCUCCUUUUAACCGGCCAAAUGCAGACGUCAUCCUGCGAACCGUCGACAACGUUGACUUUCGCUUCUAUAAAUUAUUGCUCUCCCUUGCAUCCCCGUUCUUCGCAAACAUGUUCGCACUACCGCAGCCUCCACCGUUGGAUAGCUCAGCUGACCAAAUGAAGUAUGGACUGCCCGUUAUUCCCGUUUCCGAAAACAGUGCUAUCUUGCAGAAGCUUUUGAGUUUCUGUUCCCCCAUAUAUGAUACGGAUGUGCCUGUGCUAGAGAGUCUUGACAUUGUCAUGUCGGUCUUGGACGCUGCGGACAAGUAUGAUAUGAAGCGGGUCGGUGAAUUCGUUGUCAAGAUGAUAACUGCUCCGCAGUUCCUGGAGAAAGAGCCCAUGCGAGUGUUUGCCAUAGCCUGCCGGUAUAGGGCCGAGGGGGAGACGACGAUGGCUGCCAGGUACAUGCUACGCUUCGCGGUGUGGGAGCCAACCUAUGUUGCUGAGCUUGACUUCAUCUCUGGCUCGGACUACCAGCGCUUGGUCAAGUAUCACGCAAACUGCGGUCAAGCCAUGUCCCAACUCAUGCGCUUAUGGACAACCUUUCCUUUACCACCGUUGGAUUGCAAGUUUUGUAGAAAGCAGGGUAUUGCCCGAUUAUCACAGAAGGAAUACCAGGAUUCUGUCAUCGAGGCCCUGCGUAUCCGUCCCUGUGUUGAAACACUAUUGAGGCGGGAGUGGAUCGAUACCAUGGUCCGCAAGGCAGGAAGUUGCCAGAAUUGUAGGGAGAGGGUCCCAAGGAAGUUGGCGGAAUAUGUGAGGGAACUUGCUAUUCCCGUAGAACAGAUCAUUUCCGAGAUCCGUCUUGAAUUGAAGUCCUAUUAAUCGACCUGGAAUUCUCUGCUGUAACAUUGGUGUAUGCCUACAGUGUAUCGUGUACAUAGUGUGCGGAUUACUGCUGUAGUUUUGAAUCUUACUCUGAUGUAUGUACUUUAUUUGCCGUUGUAACUUGCAUGUAGAAUCGGGUGGGGGGACUACAAGAAGAAAAAACUGCCGACCUAAACACAGGCUAUAAACUUAUGAAAAUCCUGUCCAUGUGACUCGCAUCACAUAUGCACACCAUAGUAUACCCCAACUGAACAGGUUUCAUCCCUUAUUUUUGACCAUAUCCAUCUCAAUCAAUCCCUAUGUACAUAUGUUGACUUCAUGGAGGAAUAUGGAAUGAUCAUCAUGCUGGACCAAGGGAAGGUAUAUACCACUCUUGCUUCCUAGUUG